UGUUAGAAAUGUCACUUAGUGCACAAACGGAUGCUACAGCCUCCCGCUUGUUACAACAACUCCGGCAAGGCAUCAUCAUCCGCGUUGGUGGUAAGAAACCCCAAGUAGAAAACUGCCCAUUUGCGAAUAUAUAUAUUUUUUUUAGACUUGGCGAGUUUUUUUCACGGGUUGCUAUAUUAUUCAACCCAUUAAAUUAAACUGUGUUUCUGCUUAAAAUUAUUCGUUCUCUUACAUAAUCAAAGGGAAAAUAUACUAAACAUAAAGUCACAUUUUUUAUAACUAUUAAUAAUCAUUUUUUCACCUAACACUUUUUUUUGUAUUUUCAAUACAAUAAUUUUUUGAAGGACUCCUUCAACCCAACAAGUUGUAUAAUACUGUAACUAUUCUCACAAGCUCUUGGUAGAUCGCAUAGUACUCUGUGAAGUGGGCCAAGAAAGGAGUCUAGACUCGUACAGCUAGCAUCACUACUAGGACAGGGGCGGGUGAAAACAGAGAUAGCCACGUCAGUUUUGUUCUGCUCAGUUGGGGACGACGUACUGCAGUGAGAACACUCUUCUUAUCGGUUGCAGAGAUCCAAGUAUAGAUUUUCUUGGCUCGGUAGCUUCGUGAGUCUUAUUCAGCUGAGGUUGUUUUUUUAUUUAAUCAAGGGAAGAUAGUUAGAAGAAUGGAAUUGAAAAAACUGUGGAAGAUUCUGUAUCUAUUAGCGAUGCUGUGGUGUCAGUCGAAGGGGGAAGUGGACGGUGAAAACAUCGUUCUAUGCAAUUCUGCUUCUGCUAAUAAUUCAGUUUAUUGUACCUGUGACAAAGAUGGGAUGGACGAAGCGACCGACAUCUCGUGUUAUAUAUUUGGUCCUGUAGAUCGCAAGAAUGAGUUCUGGAAGAGUUUCAGUAGGCAGAGUAGAGUUACCACAUUUAUGCUCACCUCUCGCCCUUCUGAUCCUCUUCAGUUUGUUCCAAUGGAAACCCUAGCAAGAAUACCACUGGUGGAAGAAAUCUAUAUCAAGGAAUCAUCACUGGGAGUUUUGGAGAAAAACAGCUUUGCUUAUAAAGAUCACUUGCGGACCAUUAUUUUAGAAAGAAACGAAAUUACUGGAUUAAGAAAAUACGCUUUUUCAAAUCUUUUAGUCCUGACAAGACUUUCUCUCAGUGAAAAUUACAUAGAAGAAUUAAAAAAGGCAUCUUUCAAUCAUUUACCACGUUUGACAUUUCUUUUUUUGGAUAGAAAUAAUAUAACGUGGAUUGAAGACGAUGCUUUUAUUCAUUUGCCUAAUCUCUCUGAACUGGAAUUGUGGGAUAAUAAGAUCAGACAACUCAGUCCGAAAAGUUUAGCUGGACUCAAAAGUCUCCGUCGUCUCGACCUCUACAAAAAUCAUAUAACUAUUCUAGGAGACCAUGUCUUCCACGGCACCCCGAGGCUCCAGGAACUCGACCUGAAAGACAACUACAUUUCACAGAUCAGUCCACAUGCGUUUGAUGGACUUCAACUUUUAAGCACCCUCUACCUGAACCACAACCGCCUGAAGGAACUACCCGACCACGCUUUCUUCGGAACUCCAAAUCUCAGAUAUCUGGAACUUUCUGAUAACCAUUUGAGAAUUAUUCAAGCUUUAAGUUGUUGAAGAUCUGAAAAAUGCCUUGACUGAACAUUUUAUAUUGUAUUUUAAAGGUAAGCC